AAGCCUCUCUCCCCCUGCUGCCCCUCCUCAUUCGCCAGCAUGACGCUCCCUCCUCACUCACACAUUCUUUCCCUCCGCUCUCUAACUUUACUUCGUCUCUAAAAAAAAAAAAAAAAAACAAGAAAAAAAACUUUUCAACCGUAUUGAUAAACUUUCUGAAGGCUCUGCUGUGACGGGAGGACAUGACUGUGAUAGGGACGGGGACACGGGUUUGUGAGCAGCGCUUCUGACAGCUGAGCUCCUUCGGCAAUGCCACAGUCUCCUCUCUGAUGAGACGAUGAGAACCUACACCCGUGGGGCCCCCACAGUCUUCUUCUUAAGUCUGCUGUGGCCCCUGCUCACCCCAGUGGUGGUGGCAGCGCCGGCAACGGAAGUGGACCCCAGCGCAGGAAUCCCCUUCAUGGGAGGCAACUACGAUGGGCAUCCCAUGCUGUACUUCAGUCGGGGGGACGUGGAGGCGCUGCAGUAUGCGGCUGCAGGGACUCAUCGGGAGAUGGCGAGGAGGAUCCGUGAGGCCGGGGAAACCAUGCUGGAGCACCCGGAGGAGUACCUGCCCCCCUGGAGCCCAGCCGAGUUCAGCGCCCGCUGGAACGAGGUGUACGGAAACAACCUGGGUGUGCUGUCCAUGUUCUGCCUGCUGUACCCUCACAGGGCCGGGGCCCUCGACCUGGCCAAGGACUACAUGGAGAGGAUGGCGGCUCAGCCUAGUUGGCUGGUCAAAGACGCUCCCUGGGAUGAAGUUCCUUUGGCGCACUCUUUGGUUGGGUUCGCCACCGCUUACGACUUCCUGUAUGAGUACUUGAACAAAGGCCAGCAGGAGCGUUUCCUCCAGGUGAUCGGAAAUGCGUCACGCCUGAUGUAUGAGAAGUCCUACGUCCGAGGCUGGGGGUUCCAGUACCUGCACAACCACCAGCCCACCAACUGCGUGGCUCUGCUAACAGGAAGCCUGGUUUACAUGACCCAAGGUUACCUUCAGGAGGCCUACCUGUGGACCAAGCAGGUCCUGUCCAUUAUGGAGAAGUCCAUGGUCCUUCUGCAGGACGUGACGGACGGCUCCCUGUAUGAAGGAGUGGCCUAUGGGACCUACACCACCCGCUCUCUGUUCCAGUACAUGUUCCUGGUACAGCGCCACUUUGCCAUCAGCCACUUCGACCACCCCUGGCUCCUCAAGCACUUUGCCUUCCUCUACAGGACCAUCCUGCCUGGAUUUCAGCGGACUGUAGCCAUUGCAGAUUCCAACUACAACUGGUUCUAUGGGCCAGAAAGCCAGCUGGUCUUCUUGGAUCGCUAUGUGUUGCGUAAUGGCAGUGGAAACUGGCUGGCAGAUCUGAUUCAUCAAAACAGGGUGAUUGAAGGGCCAGGGCAGGCUGGAAAGGGCCAGCGAUGGUGUACUCUCCACACAGAGUUCAUCUGGUAUGACCCAAACCUAAUCCCCAAGCCACCGUCAGAUUUUGGAACAUCCCAACUCCACUACUUUGAGGACUGGGGUGUGGUCACGUACGGCAGUGCUUUACCUGCAGACACCAACCACACCUUUGUCUCCUUUAAGUCAGGGAAGCUGGGAGGACGUGCAAUCUUUGACAUUGUUCAUAGGAACAAGUACAAAGAGUGGAUCAAAGGGUGGAGGAACUUUAACGCUGGCCACGAGCACCCAGAUCAGAACACCUUCACCUUUGCACCCAACGGUGUCCCAUUCAUCACAGAGGCACUGUAUGGACCCAAGUACACUUUGUUGAACAAUGCCGUGUUGUUUGGCUCAGCUGUCUCAGGGAGUUGCUUUAAGCCAUGGGCUGGACAGGUUACGGAAGCCUGCGACUCGAAGUGGUUGAAGUACAAAGUGGGUCUUGCGGCUGAUGCCCAGGGCAGAGUAGAAGCUGCUAUGGAGAGACAGGGAGUGGUCUUCAUCCGCGGUGAGGGACGUUCUGCGUAUAAUCCAGAGCUGAAGAUCAGGAAUUUUCAGCGGAACCUGCUCCUCCUUCACCCACAGCUCUUACUCCUGGUGGACCACCUCCACCUGGAUCCUGACAGCCCAACCAGGGCCAUGAGUGCCUUCUUUCACAACACAGAGCUGCCAUUCCAGGGCACCAAAAUAGAUGGCGUACAUGGAGCAUUUAUAUCACAUGGUGAGGACAAGUAUAAAAUGUUCUGGAUGGAUGACACUGGCUACAGUAACAAAGGAGUGAUAGGUUACUGGAACUACCCUCGAGGGUACCCGUACAAUGGCUCUAACUAUGUGAACGUCACAAUGCCACUGAGGUAUCCUCACACAAGGGUGGCCUACAUUUUUUUUGGACCAGGGGUGGAUGUACAGAGCUUCAGCCUGCGUGGUGACGACCAGAGAGUGGAUAUUUACCUGGCCACCAAGGAUCACACCUACACCAUCUACCUGCUGACGGGAGAGGUCACCAGCAAGCCUCUGUUCUCCAUGGUUCUGCUGGACCACAAGAAGAUCGUAUUCGAGAAGGCAGCAGUUCCAGCGGACACCUCUCUGGAGGAAGUAGAGGAGUAUGUCAAUGUGAUGGAGGACAACCUCCAGCACGUCAAACCCGUCUUCCAGCAGAUGGAGAGACACAUCCUAGGACGGGUUCUCAACACUGCCAGCUUCCGUAAGACUGCAGAGCGCCUCCUCCAGUUCUCUGACAAAAAGAAGACGGAGGAGGUCAUUGAGAAGAUGUUCGCCAUGUCCAAGAAGCAGGGCAAGGGUAAAGGGGGGAAGAAAGUGAACCUUGGGGAGAAACUUUCUGAGAGUCUACCUGACAUUUUUGCACAGAUUGAAGUGAAUGAGAAGAGGGAGAGACAGAAAACUUCAAAGCGUACAUAUGAGGACAGUCCAGAGGAGGGAGAUGCAGAAUCACGGGCCUUUAUAGAUUAUACAGACACUCGCAAAAACAGAAAGGGCGGCUUUGUCAAGGGCCGCAAAUUCAAAGAGGUUCACAUGGUGGCCACAGCAGGGAGUGAGGGUCUCCCCAGCACAGCCUCCUAUAUAAGACUCUUCCUCCUUCUGAACACUGCUACCUUCUUUUUACUGCUGGCUGUGUUACUGACUCGCUUUCAGAGGGGUCGAAGCUUGCACACACAGAGGUGUUUCUACACCAUCCUUCUGAUCGACUGCAUCAUCUUACUGUACCUCUAUUCCUCCUGCUCUCACACACAGUGUUAACAUCAUGAGUGGGUGUGGGGGUCGUCCAGCUACAGAUCAAAUGACCUGUUGUUGAUGGUGAACUAAAAGCACCCCCACACCUCAGUCUGAGCCAGAUCUUAUGACAGAAUAUUUGGGUCAGUACUAGAAAAAAAAGCUGAGAUUUCAAAGAAAAAGAAACAUUGAAAGAUUUUGGCAGAACAAGUUGUAAUGUUAAAGGAAUAAAGAUGUAAUUUUAUGUCAGUGAAGUCCAUGCUUCUCAGCUUUUUCAUGUCAAAUGAGGGAUGUAAAGGACCUAAAGUCAUAGGUUUCAUCUAUAAAAAGCAGUUAUGUCAGGUGACAGGAUGUUUUUCUCAUAAAAUUACAAUCUUAAUCCCUAAUCAUAUUAUGACUUUCCCCCCAGAAUAGUGACUUAUAUUAUUAUAAAUUUUAUUUUCAUAUCAACUUAUUCUCACAAUAUUAUGAUUUUUUCUCUUAAUUUUAUGACUUUUGCAUUGUAAUUUUAUUGCCUUUUAAUUCUUCAUUUUGACUUUUUGUGUGUAACAUUAUGACUUUACACUCAUAAUAAUUAUAAUAACUUUCAUUCUCAGUAUAUAAUCUUGUAAUACUAUGAUAUUAUGACGCUUUUCAGUCAAGUCAGUUUUAUUUAUGUUGCCCAAAAUCACAAAUUUGCCUCAGGGGGGCUUAGGGAUAGUAAUCUAAAAAUGACAACUUGUGACUUCUCAUAGCAUUAUGACUUCUAUUGUCAUAAUAUCAUGACUUUUUUCUAGAACUUACAAUCCAUAGCAUCAUCCAAAAUGUUACGAUUUUAUUCUUGAAAUCUCAGCCUUUCUUUUUCAAACACUGGUCCUAAUGCUUGUAAGAUCUACCUAAUGGGUGUUCAGGAAAAAACAACUGAUUCCAAAUAGGAAUUGAUGAAUUGCCGAGAUGAAACCAGAUCACCUCUGAUGUAAUAAGCUUCUGUGGAGCUUUAGAAUUAAGUGCGUGUGAAGUUUGUUCUUUGUAGUGUUCAGAGGUCCUGUCGUGUACCCAAAGAUCUCAAGGUUAGCCACUAUAAUGCAGUCGACACAGCUGUACUUGAGAUUUGUCCUGUCUUCAUAGUUCAUAGAAAUACAUUUAAAUGUAUAUAUGUGAAAACAAGAUAUAUUUUUAUGGUCUCUUUUUUACCAUUUGUGAAUAAAAUUACCACAUGCAUA